AACAAAGAGGAUAAGCAAUCAGUGAAAGAUCAGAUGGAAGGGGUUGUGGAAAAACUGUGGCGGGAACUGCAGCAGGUUUUACACCACUACAAUGAGACCACCAAAGACAGAUUCAUCGCUACUGAGUCUCUGCAAAUCAAGGAUGAACAAAGUGCUAAAGAGAUUGACACGCAUAAAAAGCACAUUCAGAAGUUGCAGGAGUCUGUCUCUGCUCUGCGCUGUCAGCUGAGCUCCAGUCAAACCGGAGGAACAGCUCAGCAGCUUCAUUCAGGCCGUGAAGAGCUCGCCCAGAAAGUUCAACAUUUCAGAGUCCAGCUAGCUGAGGGCCAAACCAUUCGGAGAAAGCAGCUCACCAAACUUACCAUUCAAAGCAGCGAUGCUACUAAAAAACUACAAGAGAUCGUAGCCAUC